CGUAAGGAGGCGGGUAUUGGCUGAACGUGGAGGGAGGUGGCGCGCGCUGCGGAACGCGGCGGCCCUGGAGAAGGCGACAUGGCUGACGAGAUCCGCAAAGCUCAAGCGGCUCAGCCGGGCGGAGAUACCAUUUUCGGGAAAAUUAUUCGCAAAGAGAUCCCGGCCAAGAUCAUCUUCGAGGACGAUAAGUGCCUUGCGUUCCAUGACAUUUCUCCACAAGCACCAACACACUUCCUAGUGGUCCCCAAGAAGCCUAUUGCACAGUUAUCUCAAGUGGAAGAUUCUGAUGAAGCUCUUCUUGGACACUUAAUGAUUGUGGGCAAGAAAUGUGCAGCUGAAUUGGACCUGAGCAGGGGAUACCGAAUGGUAGUGAAUGAAGGGCCAGAUGGCGGCCAGUCUGUCUACCACGUACACCUCCAUGUUCUUGGUGGCCGUCAGCUGGGUUGGCCUCCAGGUUAAGAACUAGGUGGAGAAAAAGAAUUGCCCUCAAACCAUGUCUCGAGUAGUCAACAAAUGUAAAAAAUAAAAUAAAAUCCAACCACUAUCGAUCAUUUCAGCCACUUAACCUUUCUGGUGGAGCACAAUAAAAGUUUGUGCAAGCAUUGUUCAAUAAAGUUACAAGAAUGUUG